UCCUCGCCGCGCACGAGACGAUCGUCAAGUGCCCUACCCCGGGGUGCUCCGGGCGAGGCCACGUCAAUCAGUCGAGACACUGCCACCGCUCCCUCUCCGGCUGCCCCGUCGCCGCCGCAUCCAAGCAGGCUGCUCGGCACGCCCGCCAACGCAUGGCCCUGCUCCAGCAGCCCCCUCACAUACCGCUACAGCAGACAGCCCCGACGUCCGAGCGCCUGCUGCGCCCCGUGUGCCUCGUGAAGCAACUGGACUUCUCUCAGCCGUCGCUCCCUCUGCUGCCAGGAGCCUCCGCGUCGCGCCCCGCCUCCCUCGCGUCGUCCUCCGCAGCGGCGUCUGCUCUCACCUCAUCUUCGUCCUCCACUGCGUUGUCGUCCGCCGCACUCCCGUGCUCGUUGUCCAGCGUCGCCUCCUCCAGCACGAGUGCAGCCCUCGACCCGUCGGCGGCAGCAUCGUCAUCUUGCCCGUCUCCGCCAGUCGGCCCACCAGCGCCGUCUUCGUCGACCGCUCCCGCGUCGUCGGUGGUGCCAAAGGUCGAAGCUUCCAGUGCGUCUUCCACGUCAGCUGAAUCGUCGUGCUCGGGCGGCGCCUCUGGCUCGGCUGGCCCCCCCUCCCCGCAGGGGUUCGCGUCCUUGUGCUCGCCCGCUCCUGACGAGGACGCGAGCACGGGUAGGGGAACUCCCCCGACGCCGCCUCUUGCCCCGAGCCCUCCGUGCAUCAAGGCCGAAGGCAGCUCCCCCUCGUGCUUCCCGCCAGGCGGCGCGGGCUCCCCCCCGGGCGCGUGUGGAGAGUCGGCCCUCGAGCGCGAGCACUUGAUGGAGACCGCCGCAGCGCCCGCCGCCGCACGCGACCAGCCCGCCCUCAGACCCCUGGACCCUCCUAAAGCUUGCAUGGAGGACGUGGCCGGGGGAGGCAGCAGCAGCAACAGCGGCAGUGCGACCCUCACCACAACCACCUCCAGCAGAGCCAACAACAGCGCGAGAAGCGCCACGCAGAGCCCGCAUAAGGGCCUGGGCUCCCUGGGCUCGUCCGUGAGCGUGAAGGCGUCCGAGGGCGCCGGAGGCCUCGGCUGCUUCGGCUACAAGGGCGAGGACGAGGCGGGCCUCAUCCGGCCGGCGACCAUCACGGAGGUGCGGGCCAGCGAGGCGCGCUUCGACCUGCCGCACUCGUACACGACGCUCGACCUGGACCGCCAGGCCGCCAUACCCGUCUCGCAGCCCCACAUGCCGCCCACGCCCACCACGUUCGACAGCACCUCCGUCGCUGGCGGAGGCUCUACGCCCGUGGGCUCCAUCACUCCGAUGACGCCCGGGCCGGGCCCCCUCGUGGGCACCAACGGGCCGCUGCUGCCCCACGGCCCCUUCGACUCCCUCAAGCCCCCCGCCACCUCAGACUACCCCACCUCCACACACAACAGCUUCUUCAUGAACAAGGCGUGCGGGGCGGAGGUCAAGCUGAACGACACCACGCCGUGCUCCGUGGCCUGCAUGCCCCCUGCUCCGCCGAACACUAUGUACCAGAGCCCCGGCUACCGCUACGACAGUUCCGCCAUCAACCUGAGCGUGAAGACGUCGGCGCUCGGACCCAACCCCAUGUCCCCGGCGAACGUGAUGGACCUGUCGGGCCCUAUGGGCACGGGGGGGCCCAUGGUUACGUCCCCACAGUACCCCGGCCCCGGCGUGUCCCCCUGCUACAGCGGGCCCCAGCUGGUGUCCCCGGGGAGCUCCCACGACUCCCAGCACACAAGCCAGACUCUGGACCUCUCGCUCGCCCGCCCGCCGGGAUCGCUCAGUCUGCCGGCCUACAGCGGUCCCACUAGCCCGGAGUACAGUCCGCCGUCGCGACUUGGGACGGCCUACCCCGGCGGGGGAGCGCCCUUCCAGCAGCCUCCCAUCGACGAACAGACGGAGCCAGUGGACUUCUCCUCCCCUGCGGAACCCGUUAACUUCAGUCUCGCACGCCCCUUGGAGUAUGGCGUCACGCCCGACUAUGCCCGCGCGCCCACGGCACCUGCUUGCCCGCCUCACGACAACGGCUAUGCAGCAACGCCCGACAGGACGCACGACUUCCGGAAUAUGAACGGCUACAACUCCAUGACAACUCGGCCUUACGACGUCACCACGGCCUAUAACACCGGCUAUAUGGGCUACCAGGGCUACCAGGGAGGCUACAUGGGGGCCGGGAGCUACGGUGCCACAAUGGGUGGGGACUACAUGACCACCACCGCCUGCACCACGCCCUAUCAGCUUUCCCCGUCACGCUCUCAACCUCCGCCCACGCCCAUGCCUGAUAGCCACAGCGUGCGCGCGUAUACACGGAGCAGCAAUAGACGUGAUGGCAAAGAGUUAAUCCAGUGCCCGACGCCCGGCUGCGACGGCAUGGGCCACGUCACGGGGAACUACGCCACGCAUCGCAGCGUUGGCUGUUCUCAGGAUGACGAUGAGCUUCCCUUCUUCAUUCAUGCUAGCCUGAGAAGCGCUGAGGAACCUUGGCAGUCAUAG